AUGUCGAUCCCUGAGAUGCAGUGGGCUCAAGUGGCCGAGCAGAAGGGCGGUCCGCUCAUCUACAAGCAGAUCCCCGUUCCCAAGCCAGGACCAGAUGAGAUCCUGGUCAAGGUUCGAUACUCGGGCGUUUGCCAUACCGACCUACACGCCUUGAAGGGUGACUGGCCCCUCCCGGUGAAGAUGCCCCUCGUAGGUGGACACGAGGGAGCUGGUGUCGUCGUCGCCAAGGGUGAUCUGGUAACUGAAUUCGAGAUUGGCGACCACGCCGGUCUCAAAUGGCUCAAUGGAUCCUGUCUCGCCUGUGAAUUCUGCAAGCAAGCCGACGAACCUCUCUGUCCGAAUGCCUCCUUGUCUGGCUACACGGUCGACGGGACUUUCCAGCAGUACGCCAUUGGUAAGGCCACCCACGCCUCCAAGCUUCCAAAGAACGUUCCUCUGGACGCUGUCGCUCCCGUCCUGUGUGCGGGCAUCACCGUCUACAAGGGACUGAAAGAAGCUGGUGUUCGUCCGGGUCAAACCGUUGCCAUCGUGGGUGCUGGUGGUGGUCUUGGUUCUUUGGCGCUGCAGUAUGCAAAGGCAAUGGGCAUUCGUGUGGUGGCCAUUGAUGGUGGAGAAGAGAAGCAAGCCAUGUGCGAGGAAUUAGGCGCUGAGGCAUACGUUGACUUCACGAAGACCCAAGAUCUCGUUGCAGACGUCAAAGCCGCUACCCCUGAAGGCCUAGGUGCACAUGCCGUCAUUCUUCUUGCCGUCGCCGAAAAGCCCUUCCAGCAGGCCGCCGAAUACGUCCGCUCGCGCGGUACCGUCGUCGCCAUCGGCUUGCCCGCCGGUGCUUUCCUCAGGGCCCCUGUUUUCAAUACCGUCGUUCGUAUGAUUAACAUCAAGGGUAGCUAUGUCGGUAACCGUCAAGAUGGCGUGGAGGCUGUGGACUUCUUUGCACGCGGUCUGAUCAAGGCUCCAUUUAAGACCGCACCAUUGAAGGAUCUCCCCAAGAUCUUCGAGCUCAUGGAGCAAGGCAAGAUCGCCGGCCGUUAUGUGCUUGAAAUCCCCGAAUGA